CAAGCAAACUCAAAAAUGUCAACUCAAGUUUUUGUCACGUUCUUUAACAAUAACCCAUCCAUAGUCUCCGUGCACAGAAAUUUAAGCAUAUUAGCUUGUUUCACAAAAUACAACUAAAACCAUGUGUCCUUGUCUGUGUGAAUUAUGUAUCAUUUAGCCAAAAAACCGCUUGCAACUCAAGAAGCUAAAGUUUAUCUCUAUUAUGUCACUAGCCCUUUGGGCAAUAAAAUAUAACUCUCACCCGUGCAGGGGCCUCAGAGGAUACCUUUUCGAUCGCAAUCUAUUUGUAUCAGGAUAUUGGUCUGCCUUCUUUUUCAUCCUCCUUAGACUCUGCUUUGAACGAGGCUCAUUGGAAUGACAGUGAUAAUGACCAGGAACGGAGCGAAAAUUAAUAAAUUCUUUAAAAGCCCCAGUGUAAUUUCAAAUAUGAAUAUAUUCUAAUAACUUUGUUAAGACUCCUAAUUUUUUGGGCCCCAACUCUGACAAUGAUGGGUCAUUGCUUAUAUCAGAAAUUUUAGACCACAACCCAAUUACCCAAUUACCCAAUUCAGGAUCUUUAUAAAUUAGACCCACCAACAUAUUCUUUUCAUAAUACUUACAGUAAAUUGAAUUCAGUCUGAUACUUGUGUGUUGAAUUUGGUUCAAUAGAGAGUGAUCAUGGUGAAAAUAAAUGAGGAGCUUAUGGAUCCUUUGAGUGACGGAGAAAUGUCGGAUGAGACUGGGAGUGAAGUAGAAGACAUCAGUUAUGCCGAUCUUAAGAAGCGAAUGUGGAAGGAUCAAAUGCGUAUGAAGAUGUUCAAAGCCGAAAGACAAGCUGCACAGACAGAGGCAGAGGCUGCAGUCGAUGAGUUGACAGGCUCGAGCAGCUCGACUUCAACUGUAGCAACCCGAGAAGAAAAAUCGAGGCGAAAAAAGAUGUUGAGAUCGCAAGAUGCCAUCUUAAAGUAUAUGGUGAAGAUCAUGGAAGUUUGUAACGCGCAAGGUUUUGUGUAUGGAAUCAUACCCGAAAAAGGGAAGCCCGUGACAGGAUCUUCUGAUAGUCUUAGGGAAUGGUGGAAGGAGUCUGUUAAGUUCGAUCAGAACGCUCCUCAAGCACUGCAGCAGCUGAUACCUGUGAUCACUGCUGCAGUCGAGAAGGAGAAACUGUCUUUUUUGUAUAUGUUACAAGAGCUUCAAGAUACUACUUUAGGGUCUUUGUUAUCUGCGCUUAUGCCACACUGUAUCCCGCCUCAAAGGCGGUUUCCACUUGAGAGAGGCUUGCCUCCCCCGUGGUGGCCCACGGGAAAGGAGGCUUGGUGGGGCCAACAAGGGGCGGUCGCAGUGGAGCAAGGCACACCGCCUUAUAGGAAACCUCAUGAACUUAAGAAGUCUUGGAAGGUGAGUGUGUUAUCUGCAGUGAUCAAGCAUAUGUCCCCUGAUUUGCAGCGUAUGAUGCGACUCGUCAGGAAGUCUAAGUGCCUUCAGGGUAAGAUGACGGCUAAGGAUACAUUGAGCUGGUCGAAGGUUAUUGAUCAAGAGGCUCUCCUUGAGCUUACGAAUCGAUGUGUACACAUAAAAGAUAGAGACCGAGAUAGUGAUAGAAAAGGCGAUGCUCAGGCAGAUGAACUAGCCAUUGGGGGUACGAUAAGCUGCCAUUCGAGUAUAGGGGAAAGUAGUGAACAUCUUUCGAAUAAGAGGAAGUCCGAUACGUUUGAUCAAGAAAAGAUAUAUGCUCGCGGGAAUUUCGGGUGGCCACAAAAUGAAAUGGACUGCUAUUAUGUUCCACAUAGUAAUAGUGCAGAAUUUGAGAGUGCAUAUGCACAUCAUGCUACAGAUUUUGCCGGGUACAACUACUUUUCACACCGCGCUGCAUCCUUACCGAAUCUUCAAAUGGCGGAUAUAAGUAUGGAGUGCAAUGAUGUAAACCGUCUUCCUUGGAGUUGGAACGAUCAUGAUCAAGUGGGUGGGGGAGGAUCGGAAGUAAUGCAUAGUCUCGCGAUAGGUGCACAACAUGAGACAUACGACCAGUGUGCGCCACAGGUGUACGAUGGAGCGGGAAAUCAGACACAAUACUGGGGAUCUGAUGCUACACAAAUGGGUUUUGAUGCAGGGUCUCAACUUCAUAGGGAGAACAUGGAGUUUCAUCAUUUUCGGCUUGAUGAAGACUUGAACAAACAAGCAGAAGCAGCAACAGCUGCCACUUCUAUUUGGGAUUUGCAGUAUCAGGAAUCCUGAUGAUGAAUAAACAUAACAGCUACCACUUCGAUGUGUGGCGAUUACGCGGGUUUCGUUAGUAUGUGUAGAUUAGUUCAUGAAUGAAAGAUAUUGAUAUAAAACAAUUAGUUCUAUGAUUAGGUUUUGUUCAUUAUAGCUCUUCUAUUACCUUCUUUAUCUGGUUUGGAUGUGAGAAUGAAGUAUUAAGGCCAUACCUGAAGCAGAAACGUCUUGAUCCUCAAGAAUGAUGGUAGAGCGCUUUGCUUGUGAAGUUGAAAUCAGUAAACUACAUCGAGAAAAUCCUUCCAACAACCCUCUAAAUAUGCCUUUUCAAGCCAUCAAACCACUGCUCAAGGCAUCAAUACAACAACUAAUGGUGUUCAAAACAGACCCGACAACCCGAUAUUCACCCGACCUUG